AUGGCGGCGUGCAGGUCGGUGGAGUGUGUACGUGUCCUGCUGAGCCAGCCAAGCCGACACGUGGGUUCGACUCACUUUGAGUCCCUGUUGUCGAGCUGCCUUGAGCAGGGUUUGAACCCCGCUGAACGCAUCGGCAGCGGACCCAAAGUGUUGAGGGGUUUGGUCCACGUUACUGGGGAUCUGUGGAAUGUCACUGUUGCCAAUAAGGAGGAUCUGGACACUGAGAGUAGCGACAAUGGGACAAGUAGUGGAGAUGAAGAUGACAUCGCAGUUGCGAUGAAUGAUAGUGGUAAUAAGGACGACGAGGAUAUGAAUAAUGAUGAUCAUGACAAUGAGCAGGGAGAUAAUGACAGAAAGGAUGACAGUGAUGAUGACACGGAUGAUAGUAAUGAGGCUGAGGAUGAUUAUGAAAUGGUAAAUGGGGAUACGGAUGGUGGACAGGAGAGUAGCAAUGAUGUAGUGGGUAAUGAUGAUAAAAAUGAGGUGAAUGAGGCAGAGGACGGGAAUGAUAAAGAUGCUAUGGAUAAUGGUAAGGACGGGCAGGAGGGUGGUAGGAAUGAAGGGGGUAAAGAGGAGGAAAAUGAUGUGGACAAAAAUGCAGAUAAUGGUACUUCAUCAGUUUCUAGCCAGGUCAAACAGGAGGAAGCAUCGUUGAGUUUCACUGAACCGUUGGUUCCGUACGGCUCGACCGGUCAGUCUCCCGAGCAAGACUCUUCACAAGACGUGUGGAGUCAAUCAUUUACCUUUUCCUAG